AUGUCCGAACAACGCUCCAGCUUCCUCCACAUCGGAGACAUCGUGUCUCUGUACGCGGAAGGAGCGGUGCACGGCUUCAUCAGCACUCUGGGCGCGUGUACCUCCUCACUGCCAGUGCAUGUACCUCCUCCUCACUGCCAGUGCGUGUACCUCCUCACUGCCAUGCAUGUACCUCCUCCUCACUGCCAGCGCGUGUACCUCCUCACUGCCAGUGCAUGUACCUCCUCCUCACUGCCAGUGCAUGUACCUCCUCCUCACUGCCAGCGCGUGUACCUCCUCACUGCCAGUGCAUGUACCUCCUCCUCACUGCCAGUGCAUGUACCUCCUCCUCACUGCCAGUGCGUGUACCUCCUCACUGCCAGUGCAUGUACCUCCUCCUCACUGCCAGUGCAUGUACCUCCUCCUCACUGCCAGCGCGUGUACCUCCUCACUGCCAGUGCAUGUACCUCCUCCUCACUGCCAGUGCAUGUACCUCCUCCUCACUGCCAGUGCGUGUACCUCCUCACUGCCAGUGCAUGUACCUCCUCCUCACUGCCAGCGCGUGUACCUCCUCACUGCCAGCGCGUGUACCUCCUCACUGCCAGUGCAUGUACCUCCUCCUCACUGCCAGCGCGUGUACCUCCUCCUCACUGCCAGUGCAUGUUACUCCUCCUCACUGCCAGCGCGUGUACCUCCUCACUGCCAGUGCAUGUACCUCCUCCUCACUGCCAGUGCGUGUACAGUACCUCCUCCUCACUGCCAGCGCGUGUACCUCCUCACUGCCAGUGCAUGUACCUCCUCCUCACUGCCAGUGCGUGUACCUCCUCCUCACUGCCAGUGCUUGUACCUCCUCACUGCCAGCGCGUGUACCUCCUCACUGCCAGCGCGUGUACCUCCUCCUCACUGCCAGUGCAUGUACCUCCUCCUCACUGCCAGCGCGUGUACCUCCUCAAAGCACUGUGA